GACACUAGUGGAAGCCGGAAUUCUGGGCCGGGAUUCAUCAUUGAGAUUUGAGGACUGCCACAAUUACUGCAUCACUGAUCUGACAGUAAAAUGGCAGCAAGCAAUCUAUUGGCUGGUAGAGUUGCUAUAAUAACUGGUGGAGGAAGUGGAAUAGGCCGUGCAACCUGCCAGCUUUUUGCCAAGAAUGGAGCAAGCGUAGCUGUAGUUGAUCGGACACAGAGCAGCUUGGAUGAAACUAUUGCAAGCCUGCCAUCGGACAUAGAUAAUCAGAGUCAUGAAUCUUUUGUGGCGGAUGUCAGUGAUGGGGGUGCAGUACGGGAUCUUGUUGCCGGGAUAGCGGACGCCUUCAAGAAGCCUGCCACCAUUUUGGUGAACUCUGCAGGAAUCACGCGAGAUCAGUUGAUGCUGAAAAUGAAGGAAGAGGAUUUCGACGAGGUUAUCAAAGUUAACCUGAAGGGCACCUUUCUGAUGUGCCAGGCAGUUAGCCAGGCUAUGGUGAAGAGUAAAGUUACAGGAGGAAGUUUCAUCAAUAUCAGCAGUGUUGUAGCAACGAUGGGUAAUAUUGGCCAAGCCAACUAUUCCGCAUCGAAAGCUGGCGUUAUAGGAAUGACCAAAACCAUGGCCCAAGAACUGAGCAGAUUUGAAAUCCGAUGCAAUAGUGUUUUACCUGGUUUCAUUACAACACCAAUGACUGACAAGGUUCCAGAGAAAGUCAUUAAAAUGAUGUUACCCAUGAUCCCUCUUGGUACCCUUGGUGAACCCAAUGAUAUUGCAGAGACCUGUCUCUUCCUGGCCUCAAACAAGAGCAAGUACAUCACUGGGGCUAGCAUCGAUGUCACUGGAGGGUUAUGAGAUGGAGAUUUCGAACUAUAGGUAAUCAAGGAGCAGAGGUUCAAAUGGAUCAAGACAUCUUGGUACAUCUACCUGGGAACUGCUUUUAAGGGAUUGCUGUAACAAUUUCAAGACAUCUGAUGAUUCUAGUCACCUGAUGGAUCAAGAUACAUGUAAUAGCUAAUGUCUGAAAAUGAGCUAAUGAUAUUGAUGAUGGUGGUGUAUGGGAUGAAUUUACUGAUGCUGCGGAUGUUGAACAUGCCAGUGAGAAAGAUUGACAUGUGUAUGGAGACCAAAUAUGCCCUACACACUACAGAAGGUGUUUAAAAUUUGGCAAAAUAUUAUGAGAAAGAUAUUUUAUAUUGUACAAAAGUUUAAGAAUACAUUUAAGUGACCUUUUUCUUUGGUGUUUUAGAUGAAAUUUUUUAUCUCAAUUUUUUAUAUCGUCUUUGACUGCAGAGUUCAUGAUUAAGAACUUCAUGUCUUCAAUCCUCUUAGCCGAGUUAACUCUAGAUUUAUAGAAAUGUCUGUGAACAACAGUUCAUAAAGAUAAUUUUUUCUAUUUAAUAUAGCACGUAAUACAUUACGAUGGCAGCUCCGAGUGCUUUUAUUACCCCAAUCAUGGAAUCCUAGGUAGCCUGCUUACAAUGUACUUAUAUGCACUUCUGCAUUCCCUUGGGAGCAUUUCCACAAGAGUUUCCAAACUAAAUUGCCAUACUAAAAUAUUCUUUUGCAUCCUAUUGGAUAACCAUUUCACAACCGCAUGGAGAGUGGCAAAGUGUGCCUUGCCAAGGAUGCUAGGCUGCAGGGGAAUUUGAACACGCGACCUUGCGAUUAUAAGGCAUGAGUCAGAACCGCUAUGCUGCGACGCACCCAACUAGUCUACUUGCCCAAGACAUUUAGCAAACACACAUUUACAUUGGAUUGCCAGGUAUACAUAUAUCUCGUGCUGAUGUAAUGGAGCAAAGUCAUAAUGUCCUCUACCACUGGUAAAAGAAACUAGUAUUCUAUUUCAUGUUGAGAUUUGAGUUUGAGAGAUAAUUACAAGGAUACCAUCAAGUAUGCGUUGCUACAUUUUUUCUAGAAGGGGUGGGGGAGAACAUUAGAUAUUUUGUAUGUUUUGCUGUGCUUAUAUCUGUUUUUAAAUUCAUAUCAUAGUUCAUGCUAAUUGUGAGAAAAAGCUCAUGCGUAGUUGUGAAAGCAAGUCUAAUAUGUAGCUCCAAUGCCUCAAUUGUGUUUCUCAUUUUGUUUUACUUGAGAUUUCAAACUGUGGCUGUAUAACACAGAUCGAUAAAGACACAGAGGAAGUUGCCUUUACCAGUAAUGGCUUCCAAACCUUUGUUUUCACAUUCAUUUGACCAACUCGAUUUCAGCAGGGGGAGGGGAGCAUAUUGUAUAAUGCUUUGAGUUUAAUUGAUUUUUUGUCCGUCUUCUGUCUUAUCGAUUGUUUGAUCAUACAGGCGCAAAUGAUUGGCAAAGAUGCUGCUCAACUUCAUUACUUGUAUU